AUGAACGGCAAAGGCAAGGCCGGGUCGGGCCCUCGGUGCCCUCAGCGGAGCCGCCGGGCCCGGCCGGGAGCGCCGGCCGGGGUCGCGGCGCCUUUAAGGGCGCGGCCGUUCCCAGCCCAGCCCCUGUUCCCGGCCCCCCCCGGGUACCCCCCGGCUCUGCCCCUGCUGCAGCCGCACCCCUGCCCUGAGCCCGCCUACCCCGAGCUCUACCGCCUCAGCUUUGUCCCCCUGGGUGCCGCUGGCAUCCCCCCCGUGUCCCCAGCGUGCCCAGGUGCGUCCCUGUACCUGCCCCUGGCGCCGCCCCUGCCCCUGGGCUCCCCCGUGGCCUUUGUGCCCCUGGGCCAGGUGUGCCCGGCAGGACCCGCUCUGCUGCUGGAGGGGGGCGCGGGCAGCGCCGCCAGGCUGGGCACAGGUGGCACCGCUGGCGUCCAGCCGCCGCCCGCCGGGUGCCCCCCGGUUGCCGCCCCGGUGCCGGUGCCGCCCGGAGCCGCCGUCCUGCUGCCCCCGCGCAAGGGGCGCGGCCCGGGGGGAAACGGGGGCGGCUUCGGCCUCUGGUGAGGGGGGGCCGGGGCUGGGGUCCCCCCUGACCCUUUGGGGUCCCCCCCGUUCAGCCCCUCCCCCCCGGGACCCCAAAGGUGGGAGGGACCCCCCGGUGACAGCGGGGAGGGGUUUGAUCACUUGGGGGGUUCAGUCACAAAUGGGGCUGAGCUCAGCCCCGCCCCUUCCUCAUUUAUAUGCAGCUCUAAUUAAUGAAUGGCCUAAUUAAGCCCUGGGGAGGGAUUUCCCCUUCCACACCCCCUCAUCCCUCUGCUAGAGCCAUCCGGGGUUCUCUUCUUUUUGGGAAAGGUGGCUUUGGGGUAGGAAACAGAAAAAAUCUCCUCUCCAGAGACAAAAUUCUCUUCCCAGAAGCAAAAUCCCUUUCCCAGAGCCAAAAAUCUCAUCCUCAGAGGCAAAAUUCCCUCCCCAGAAGCAAAAUCUCCUCCCCAGAGGCAAAAGCUGAGCCCCUCCUGGCCUCUCCCGAGGUUCCCCGUCACCCUCUCCCACCUUUUCCUCCCGGAGCUCUGUCCUGGGAUUUUUUUGAACCCCCUCCCAGUAAUUUUGGAUUUUUUGCACUUCAGCUCCAAUCAAAGCCAUGAGCGGUGCCAGGGCCGCGCUGCCUCUCCCGUGGGAUCCUCCCCGUUCCAGCUAGAGCCGGGUUUAAUUAAUGCUUAAUUAGCAAACGCUUGGGUUUAACUCGAACCUGGUCUUUUAACACCCGAAUUCCUUAAAUCCGAGAGGCUGUUUCCAUCUGUGCCGGGGUGGGAACUCUCAGGGAGCGCCCAAAUCCCUUGGGUUCCCUCUUUAGGGUCGGGAUGGUUUGGGGUUUAUCAAUGGGGUUAUCAAUGAGGUGUAAAUUGGUGGUUUAUGGAGGAAUUUUUUUGUGAAUGGAAUGUUUGUAAAUGGAUUUUUGUGAAUGGGGUGGUUGUAGGUGGGUUUUUAUGAAUGGGGUAUUUGUGAACGGGUUUAUCAAUGGGUUUAUCACUGCAUUGAUAACCAAACCUCCACAAGCUUGGGAGGAGCACUUCAGGGAUCCUCAGUCGGGUGUUUUUCUUCUUUUUGGUUGUUACUUGAUGAAGAAAGAGCUCAGAUUCGCUUUUAUUUUAUCUUAAAUAUUUCACUUUAUUCUGAAUCUGUGUUCUGUGUGUGUGUGGCCAUCCCUGACUGUUCCCAAGGGCUCUCGGACUCUCUGUGCUGCACUGAACUUGUGGAUUUUUAUACUA